AGUCCUGUGGCUGUUGUGUCUCCCCCCAGAGAGCCAUGACCAUGCGCACAUCAGCCCCAGCGCUGCGGCCCCUCUCUAGGCCUUCCCUGCACCUGAGGCACGGCCGUAAGCCUGGCCCGGUUUCAGCGCAGCUGUCCUGGGACGCUUGGCCUGCACCCAGCCCAGUCGCCAUGGGGACUGCUCAGGUACAGUUUGUACAGAUUGUGCGUGCUGGGACUUCCUGGGCCGAGUGCCCCCGCCAGCCCCGUCCGUGGGACAGGACUCUGCUGUCAGACUUCGGAAGUGAGAGAGUUGACUCCUUCCUGAGACCCGAGAGGCAGGCUGCUCUGAGCGGAGCGCAGUUUUCUAAAUCCUCAGGGACGGUUUUGCCUGGCAUUCUGCAGAAGCAUUGCUGCAUCUUACCGGACAGGAAUACAGAGUCCCAGUGCACCCUCUGCGGGGAGCCGGAAGAGGAAGAGGGCGGGGACCUGGUCCAGCCGGGCAUCAGCUUUCCGGGGCCAGCAGAGGAGGAUCUAGACCAGCAGUACUCAUGGUCCCCGACGCCGCACUUCAAUGAGGGGAGGUACUCGCCGGCGCCCAGGAACAUGAAGGGGCUGCCCGGGGGCCGGGCGCCCGCCCCGCUGUGCUCCGCGCACACCUGCGGCCUGGCGGCGCCCGAGGACUGCGAGCACGCGCACGAGCACCUGCACCGCGCACAGGACGCGAGGCAGCCCUACCUGCUCAGCCCGGUGGACGGCUGCCCGCUGGACCAGCACCGCUGCUCGCCCGGCAGCUCGGUUCACUCGGAGUGCGUGAUGAUGCCCCUGGUGCUGGGCGACCACGUGUCCAGCAGCACCUUCCCCCGGAUGCACUACAGCUCGCACUACGACGCCAGAGACGACUGCGCCAUGCCGCACGCCGGCGCCAGGGCCAACCGCAUCCCCGCCAACCUGCUGGACCAGUUCGAGAAGCAGGGGCCGCUGCACAGGGACGGCUUCCACACGCUGCAGUACCAGCGGACGUCCGCGGCCGCGGGGCAGCGCGGCGAGAGCCCGGGCAGGAUACGGCACCUGGUGCACUCCGUGCAGAAGCUCUUCACCAAGUCCCACUCGCUCGAGGGCCCCUCCAAGGGCCACGUCAACGGAACCAAGGGUGACGGCCGCGUGGAGGACCACCACCACGCCCACCACCCCAAGCACGGCAAGCGGAGUAAAAGCAAGGAGCGGAAGCCCGAGGGCAAGGCCCGGGCGGGCGCCGGCAGCUGGUGGAGCUCCGACGACAACCUGGACAGUGACAGCACCUGCCGCACGUCCAGCGUGGCCAACAGGCACCACGUGGACCACGUCUCCCACUGCUACCCCGAGGUGCUCCCGGGCCCCUUCGGGGACCUGUCCCUGAAGACGUCCAAGAGCAACAACGACGUCAAGUGCUCGGCCUGCGAGGGCCUGACGGUGACACCCGAGGCCAAGUACCUGAAGCGGAGCUCCUGGUCCACGCUCACCGUGAGCCAGGCCAAGGAGGCCUAUCGCAAGAGCUCACUCAACCUGGACAAGCCACUGCUGCCCCGGGACACCAAGCCCGCGCUCAGGCCGUGCCACUUCCUGCAGGUGCCCCAGGACGAGUGGGGGGGGUGCCCCACAGGCGGCAAGGACGAGGAGAUACCCUGCCGGAGGAUGAGGAGUGGGAGCUACAUCAAAGCCAUGGGCGACGAGGAGAGCGCGGAGUCGGACUCCAGCCCCAAGACGUCGCCCACGGCGGCCAUGCGGCCGGAGCCCCUGCUCAAGCCCAUCGGACAGAGGCCGCUGGCAGAUCUCCAAACCCAGAGCUACCUGCAAGCGGCAAGGGACGCAUCUGCUGCCCACAGCCUGGACCUCUCUGCCAAGUACAACUCCCCGAAAUUCCGCUCCCGGAACCAGAGCUACAUGCGAGCCGUCAGCACCCUGAGCCAGGCCAGCUGUGUGAGCCAGAUGAGCGAGGCAGAGAUGAACGGGCAGUUCGAGUCGGUGUGUGAGUCCGUCUUCAGUGAGGUCGAAUCCCAGGCCAUGGACGCCCUGGACCUUCCCGGAUGCUUCCGGACACGCAGCCACAGUUACCUGCGAGCCAUCCAAGCCGGUUACUCCCAGGACGAUGAAUGUAUCCCCGUGAUGACACCCUCCAACACCACCUCGACCGUCAGAUCCGCAGCAGCCGUGUCCUACGCAAACUACAAGAAGACGCCGCCGCCCGUGCCCCCGCGCACCACGUCCAAGCCCCUGAUCUCCGUGACAGCGCAGAGCAGCACUGAGUCCACGCAGGACGCCUACCAGGACAGCCGCGCGCAGCGGGGGUCCCCGUGGCCCCAGGACAGCCGUGGCCUCUACAACUCCACGGACAGUCUGGACAGCACCAAAGCCAUGAGCCUGGCCCUAGAGACGGCCGCAGCCCAGCGCCUCGCGGCCGAGGGCCAGGGUGGCUCCACGCGGACCGUCGACAAGGCCGUCCUGGUGUCCAAGGCCGAGGACUUCCUCAAGAGCCGGCACUCCUCCAUCGGGAUCCAGGAUUCUGAAUUCCCAGAGCGUCAGCCAUACCCAAGGUCAGAUGUGGAAACAGCCACAGAUUCUGACACGGAGAGCCGGGGCCUGCGGGAGUACCACUCCGUCGGCGUCCAGGUGGAGGACGAGAAGCGACAUGGGCGUUUUAAGCGCUCGAACAGCGUGACCGCCGCUGUCCAGGCAGACUUGGAGCUGGAGGGCUUCCCGGGACACGUCACCAUGGAGGACAAGGGCCUGCAGUUCGGCCCCGCCUUCCAGCGGCACUCGGAGCCCAGCACGCCCACCCAGUACGGGGCGGUCAGGACUGUCCGGACACAGGGGCUCUUCAGUUACAGAGAGGACUACAGGGCGCCCGUGGACACUGCCGCCCUGCCCCCUCCCGAGCCCUGGCUGGAGCCGUCCAUCGAGACAGCGGACACCGGGAGGAUGUCUCCCUGCCGCAGGGACGGCUCGUGGUUUGUGAAGCUGCUGCACACGGAGACCAAGAGGAUGGAAGGCUGGUGUAAGGACAUGGAGAGAGAGGCCGAGGAGAACGACCUCUCGGAAGAAAUCCUCGGGAAGAUCCGGAGCGCCGUGGGGAGCGCACAGCUGCUGAUGUCCCAGAAAUUCCAGCAAUUCUACUGGUUGUGCCAACAGAACAUGGACCCCAGCGCCAUGCCGAGACCCACUUCCCAGGACCUGGCGGGCUACUGGGACAUGCUGCAGCUCUCCGUCGAGGACGUCAGCAUGAAGUUUGACGAGCUGCACCAGCUGAAACUCAACGACUGGAAGAUAAUAGAGUCUCCAGAAAGAAAGGAAGAAAGAAAGGUCCCCCCUCCAAUACCAAAGAAGCCCCCCAAAGGGAAAUUUCCUAUCACGCGAGAAAAGUCCCUGGACCUGCCGGACAGACAGCGUCAGGAAGCCCGGAGGCGGCUCAUGGCUGCCAAGCGGGCGGCGUCCUUCCGCCAGAAUUCGGCCUCGGAGCGCGCAGACAGCAUUGAGAUCUACAUCCCGGAGGCGCAGACGCGCCUCUAGGGGCGCCUUUCCCUCUCUUUUCUUUUUAACAGAACACUUGUACAGUUUCCCACCUACCCUGCGAUCUGGGUCUCGUUUCUCCUCUGGAUACGCCCUGUUGUGUUCUCUGUGCCAUAACCACACCGGAAUGCAUUCCUUUCUGCUGUGCUCGGAGCCCCGGCCCGAUCGGCUCCUCCCCGGCUCCUCCUCCUCCUGCCCCCCGCCAUGGUCUGACGGCGAGGCGUGGGGACCCCUACCUGAUCCACUCUGGUCUCAGGGGGUCACGGGAAACACCUUUCGGGAUGAAGCCCCACUCAACAUUUUGUUAUUUAGAUUUUUAUAAAUCGUGGGAUAACUCGAGGCAAGAAUAACAGGUAACUGGACACGGGUGCAUCCCGCCCGCCAGAUGCCCAGUGGAGCCUGCCCCAGCUCCAGGUGCAGGAAAGAAAUACUCCCACCCCUGUCACCCGCGGGCGCCGCACCCAUCCCCCAGUCUAGCCAGCGACACAGGUCUCCUUGUGGCGAGUUUAUGAGAAGCCAUCCCUCCAGUCACCGACCCCUGCUGUGCGGGUCUCCACAAACCUGGGGACCACUCGUCUGAACCCGAUAGAAAGAUCCGGCAGGACAUCUGACAAUCCCAAAUCAGCUGAGUGUUCCUUCACCCAGGGGAGUGACGCUGGACCAGAGACUGAGUCUUCCCGAAGGCUGGUGGUUCAGUAGCAGGAGUGCAAAGAGAAAAAUAAUAGCCCUCAUUCCGAUGAAAGAGUCAUUGUGUGUUUUCUUCCCUCGUAACUUCUCUCACUCACCGUCUUGUCUGUGAGCGUCCCCACGUAUGUACCUGUGAUUUUUUUUAUAGAUGUAUAUAUAUUCUCAAACUGCUCUAUCAGUUGACUUUCCAGGGUAUCCUUAAAAAACAAAAAAAAAAGUUUGCUUGUUUAAAAUGACAGUUGCGAUGUAAAAAAGUUUAAGAAAUAUGAAUGUGAGUGGUAAGUAUCUCUCAGCUUAAAUGGUAAAGAAGAAAUGUAGCUUACAUUUGUAUUUUUCCAGAAUUCUUUUGUCCUAUGCAGUAUCGCUAAAGUCAAGAAUAUAUUUCUUGUCUGUUUUAGACAUGACAAAAAAAAAAAAAAGGUCACAUAUGGUGAUUUCUAGCUGUGGACUCUGAGAAAAGUAAUUAGUUUUCAGGAUUCUGAUUGGCACCAGGGCAAAGCAGGAAGGAUUCGAAUGAAAAGGCUUUCCAUGUGUACAAUCACGCUUAGACGCGGUGACUGUCACCCCCACUGUCCCCGUUCAGACGCGUCUUCAGAGGAAGAGCCUGUCAAAUCUGUCCCUUCGAUCCCAAACUCAGAGUCCUCACUGUACCGCAAGGUGGAAACAGGAUCACCCCUGGGGACGGGUGUCUCCUCCCCCAAACACAGGCCUUCCCGCCGCCCAGAGGGGUACCGUGUACUCAGCGCGGCGGCCCUGGCUUACCUCCUCUAGCACUUUGUUUUCUCAGCUUGAUGGGCACUUUCAUGCACCCAGCUCCCCCUGCAGCCUGGUGACGCCAGCAGUACACCUGGUGAGGUCACGUCCCCUGUGGGGGUGUCACUUCAGCCUGCAGUGUUUCCUUCUCCUCGUUCCCUUCAUCCCCCGAAGCAUGGGGUUCAUUGGGGCACAGCUGAUAUUCAAGCAUGUUGGCUUCAAAGUCUUACUUUUUUAAAGCUGAGUCGUUAAGAAUUCCCUGUAAGAACAAAACCCUGUAAAUGGAGCCUCAUAUCUGGUAUAUUUUACCAAACAGCCUUAAAAUAUAUUUGGAAGCAAAAAUCAGUACGAAUGUAUAUCCUUGAAAAAUGCAAAAAAAAAAAAAAGAAAUUCCCUGAAAUAUUCUUCUAUAAAUGAGUCCUAUUUCCCCAGAGUAUUCAAAGCAUUUUUUCUACCUAAAUAAAUACUUAAAUCCUGAGUAGUGUACAGUCACAACGCUUCUUCCUAUAUUCACAAUACUAUGUUGAAAACAAAUGUAUUUGCAAGUAUUGGCAUUUUAGACUUUAAAAAUGAUGUAUCAUUUAAGAUGAACUGCUCUUUAGAAAUAGCCACAGAAAGGCAAAGUUGGUGGAGACCCUUUUGGGAGAGGAAAUGUAAAAUGCAUGCACGUGCACAGACCUGCUGACACACGGAAGUCUACGGGUGGCUGAUGCAUUUUAUCCCAUGUCCUGGAGCUUGGACAAAACAUCGAACAACAAAUUCUAAAAUUAGAUAAUACCUAUUCUAGACCCCAGAUUCUCGGACCCUGACUUGAAUGAAAGUAUUCACCAAAUUUGGAUUUUUUUUUAUGUUGUGUAUACUCAUUUUUACCUUAAAAUCUCCCAAAAGUUUUGGCCUGAACCAUCCCUAGGUGAGCAGGUUAACCUGUAGCUAAAUGUGACACGCGCCACCGAUGGGCAGUGGCAGUGCGUCUGAGCCCGUCGGUCCGCCGAGUCCCAAAGAAGGUCUCGUGACGUGCCGCCAGUGCCUGCCCCUGGCCCUCAGGCCAUGUCACCUGCCAUGCGACGUGACUCAGUGCAAUACUUUCCCCUCUCACACAGGCGACCCCCCCCCCGAAAUGCAGAUAAGUCAUGUUUACAUAUUGUACAUGGAACGAAAAAAUAAAACUGUUUAUAAUACUUGUGUUAGUUCAUCAAACCGGUUCUUUCAGCAUUUAUAACAGAUGCUGAACACAGACCUAUAGUGUGGCCAUCUCACCAUGCUACAGAGAUCAUUGUAUAAGAGAUGUUGCAUAUGUUGGAGAAGACAGUGGGCAAUGAGAACGCUCAGUGUUCUGUGGACACGUGGUGGCGGAAGGGUCCGAUGGCUCUAAUCCCCGGAGACACGGCAGAACCGCUGAGACGAGCUGCUGUACCGUUUUGCUCAUGCAGCCGGUUGACACCGCCAUGCUGAAGGCUUCAGUUUAACUUUCAAAGUCAAAACACAAGUAUCAUAAAUAGGAUCUUUAAGUUCCACAAAACCUGAGCAGGUGAAUGUCACUUGGUAAAAAGAGCACUUUCCAUGUAACUCCUCUCCCCCGUCCUGGUUUGUCAUCAUCGUGUUUACCGUCAGCGUUGUCACUGGGAACAAUGGUUACCCUCUUCCUCUCAGCAAAUGUGUAGACCUUCCUAGAAUGGAGGAUAAAGCCUGGAACUGUUGUAAGAUACCAAAAAUUUACAUUCUUGUUUAAAAGGGAAUGUUGAUGUGUUCAUCUCAAGGUCAGUAGUAAAGACUUCUAGUGCAAGAGAAAAGCAUACCGUUAGAGAAAACAGUUACGUUUAAGGUCCCUUCUUUAAAAAGAAAACACAAAAACAUAGCCACAAAGCCAGUGACCUGCCCAGUGGGGAGACUUUCCCCUCUGGCUCCGUGGAGAAGCCGGACUUAGAGCGGGAAGGUGACAGCCGUGGGCACUUGGAUGUGUGGGCUGGGAUCGUUACUUUGGGGUCUUGCCUUUCCUAGAUUUUUGCCUUUCUCAGCACAGUCCCUGCACAUCAGGCAAAAGAUCCCAGGCUGCAUACCUACGGUCCUGCCAGACACACCCCCACCACACCCAGGAUGGACUUUCUGGGAAGUCUUCACGUGGCAGCUGUCGGCCGAGGUGCCUGUGGCGGUGGGUCCUCCCAUCGCAACGGCUGUCUGCUCCUGGCCAGACCUCUUGCUGGCGAGUGGGAGGGGGAGCAAGGGGCCACAGUCUUUGCCAGAAGGCCAGUGUGGCCCGGCGGGCCCUUGUGUGGCAUGUGGAGCAUGUUAAGGGACCCCAAGCUGGCGCCAAGCUGGUUUUUGCUGGGACGGGCAGUCAGCUUGUUUCCAGAAGCUUCACUGGGCAGGAGGUCAGGUGCUGCUGUCUGGAGCUCACUGGGAGCUCACGCAUCCCCAGGCGGCACAGAGUGGCCGGGCUGCUGUCCCCAGACAUCUCGGUGGCAUCAGCAGGAAGUGUAUGAACGUGGCAUGUCCUGCCUGCGUGCGCCCGUGUGGGAGGGCACCUGCGUGCGGCAUUUGGCCCCCCACUUCUGAAAACUGCAACAGUCCUGCCAACAAGCGCUGAGUCCGGUCCCCCCAGAAACCAGCCUAAACGGCUAAAUUCACAUGUUCCUGUGUGCCGCUUGCUGCCUUCCCAGACGCCGCCUUUCCCCGCAAAGCCUGACCACUGAUGUUAUUUUUUUUACUGCAAAUUUAACAUACUAAUCAGGUAGUUCAAGACUGUGGUCUCCAACCCACACCCCCUUGGAACUUCCCAAGGUUCUCCUUUGUUUUCAUUUGCAUGUCUGUUUGCACUUCUUUGAAAGUUUGGGUCGAACACGGGAUGCCAAAGCUUGAAAACAGAUCAGAAAACCACAGGGGGAAGAGAUGGAGCCUGUAGUCAGCUGCUGAGUGGGAGCGGGCCCAACCGUGGCUGGAGCACUGUCCCCUUGCCGUGUCCCUCACAUCAGGCCCCCCGUGCUGUGCUGACAGUCCCAGUAAGGUGGGGGUGAUGACCAGAGCGCUGGAGGAGAGGUACCCUUUCACACGCACGGCAACAUGCCCAUCAGCAGAGUGGCCGCAGAAUGUUUUGGAAAAUCGCUCGCUGACCAAUCAAACAUGCCGACUCCUGGUCACGCAUUAGCCAGACUUCCCUUUGCGUCCGUUUCCUCCUGUCCCUUGUCUCCCUCACACGUAGAUUAUGAAGAUCCAUGUCAUGUGGGCUCCAAGGUCCUCUGAGCUCCUUGGGAACAGGUGGCAAAUGCCUGAAUUGCCACUCGAGAGGAGACCCAGGCCCUCCGGCCAGCAGUGCUCCCCUCCAGGUGUGGGGCGCUUGCACAAGUCAGGUCCAUCCACAAGUAUCUCAGAGAGCCAGAUCCCACCCAGAAGUAGGCAGUGUUUUCACCGUUACUUAUGGGCAGCAGCGUCUUAGAUCCACAGACAGCUACAAAGCCAAACAUUAGAGGGGUGAAGGAAAAUGUAAUUUGGGAGCACAUCAAGAAUGGAAUCAGACAGACCGACCAAAACUGCUAAAGGGUUGUGCAGUCUGCCCCCCUGGUCCCAGCUCCGUCGGUGAUUCUAGCUCAUGCUUCAGAGAAGGCAGACGUGGUCCAGGGAGCACUCCAAGCAACACCCAUCUUGUCAUCCCUCAACAUUGCGACACAGCCGCCAGUUCACGAAUCGCUGGCCCCGACCCUGGCAUUUUUCUCCAGCAUUAAAAGAAAUGAUUUCAAGUUCCAACAUAAACACAUGACUUGACUUCUCUGCAGAGGGGAUGUCAGUUACCUACUCUACUACGACUUUUUAAAAAGAUUUUGUAUAGACACCAACAAAGGUAACAGAGGUUUACCGCCCUACUUUCUUAGAUUUUAUGUGACUCUUCAUCAUGGGUGCUUAUUCCGAACCUGGACGGUUUGGGAGUCCAAGCUUUCACGUACUCAGUGGGGGAGAGGUCAUCACGAAAGACGUCGGCCAGGUUUCUUGUGCCAAUUUAAGUACAAAUUUAUCUCUUGCCGGUAGACCGUAGUCUCUGUAGAUGGUACACAGAGCUAACACACAUGAGGGAGCUCUGAGGCUGUCUGUGGUCCCUUAUGGACGCCACCCACCAUUCUUUGAUUUUCCCCUAACUCAAACCCACGCCGCCCCCCAGCCAUCCCAACAUUAGGACCAUGUCACAUUAAAAGGGCUCAGCAUGUGUCUCUCUCCCUCCACCUUACUACUGGUUUGCUGAAUUCAAAGGUUUCUCCCACAAGUAGGAAACAAUCCUAGGCUACUUUUGAACUCUGAUUUCCAAUCACUAAGCCACUUUGCUGUUGGACAGGUCCUUCCUAUCUGGGGACCAGUUCAUGUUCCCACCUCCAUGUUACAUGCCAAAAUAUCCAGGUGUGGCCUAAGGACUAAAUUCAAUGCCUCCUAUAGAAAUUCAAGGAAUGUUAGAACCAGGAAACUAGCUGUUUAGUUCAAGUUUUAAAAAGAAGUAUAUAAAUAUAUAUAUAUAUGCAUAAAUAUAUAUACAUAUGAAAUCAUAUCAAUGAGGAUGAGCAGAGUUGCCAAAUAUUCCACAUCUGUACAAAGUUACACUUCACUGGGAUUCAUCUAUUUUAUGUAAUUCUCUUUCUCAUGCUUUUAUGGUUCUUUUGAUAAAUUCUGGUUAGGCGCAUGCAGGACACCUGAUGGGAACGCACACGCUGCAGUCCGUCGAUGCCAUGUCUCGCUUCUUGUUGAUAAUUUACCAGAAUGUCGGUCUGAUCACCUCCAGGUUGUGGCGUAAUUUGAGUUCUCUUUGUUCGUGACUUUUUCUCCCCUCACUCCCAGCUGAUUAUAAGAACAUGUGCCCACCGUUUUCCCCAUUGACUCCUCUGUGAUGAGGCCUCUCUCGUUUGAUAUCUGUACUGCUGAUGUCCACCUCUUGUAAAUAGUUCUACAAUUAAAUUUUUUGAGAAAAGUAAUGUUUACUUUUUAUUGGAGUGAAAUCUUGUGUUAUUUUAAACUGGGGAAAAAUGACAUAGACCAAAGAGUUUUAUUGCCAAACAAUGGCACCUUUCCCCCAUUAUAUAUUUCAUUGUUGAGCUAUCCUCAAUUUCUCUAUCUACUAAGAAGAAACGGACACUUAUUAAGGCUGCAGAUUUCAUAUGUAUACAAAAAUGGCACCGAUUGAAAUGAGCUUAAAACUAAUAAAUACUGCGGUACUUAGUUAA